UUGCAAAAAAUCCCUUUUAUAUACGAAGGAAAAACGUUCAUCGCGUGAUACCCCCACGCCUUAGACAAGAUGGUGCAUCCGGUGGCCGAAGCCAACGAGAAGAGCCCCUUCGGCUUGCUCACGCCGGCCGAGUUCUACGCUCGCCACUCGGUUAGCCACUCGUCCGAGUACAUCACCAACUCUAGGGGCCUCAAGCUCUUCACUCAGUCCUGGAUCCCGCUCCCGCCGGCCGAGGUUAUCGGCACCGUGGCCAUCGUCCACGGCUACACCAGUGAGUCCAGCUGGUUCGUGCAGCUCACGGCGGUGCUCUUCGCCGAGUCCGGCUUUGCCUGUUGCGCCAUCGAUCACCAGGGCCACGGCUUCUCCGACGGCCUUGUCUACCACAUCCCCGACAUCAACCCUGUAGUCGAUGACUGCGUCUCCUUCUUCGACUCCUUCCGCGACCGCUACGCGCCGUCGCUCCCCUCCUUUCUGUACGCCGAGUCCCUCGGCGGAGCCAUCGCGCUCCUCAUCACGCUCCGCCGCGGAGGCUCCAGCCGGCCGUACAACGGCGUCGUUCUCAGCGGCGCAAUGUGCGGGAUUAGCGAAAAGUUCAAGCCGCCGUGGCCGCUUGAGCAUUUCCUGUCCAUCGCCGCCGCGGUGGUGCCGACCUGGCAAGUGGUGCCGACUCGCGGCUCGAUUCCGGACGUGUCCUUCAAGGUGGAGUGGAAGCGGAAGCUGGCGGUUGCAAGCCCAAAACGGCGCGUGUCGAGGCCGCGCGCCGCGACGGCACAAGAACUUCUGAGAGUGUGCAGGGAGUUGCAAUCGAGGUUUGCAGAAAUCGAUGUGCCGCUGCUGAUUGUGCACGGCGGCGAGGACGUCCUCUGUGAUCCGGCGUGUGUGGAGAAGCUGUACCAACACGCUUCAAGCAAAGACAAGACGAUUCGGAUAUUCCCCGGGAUGUGGCAUCAACUGGUGGGCGAGCCAGAUGAGUAUGUGGAGUUGGUGUUUGGGGAAAUUGUGGAGUGGCUGACCACUAGAGCUGCACGCGCCGAAGGCGCGUGAGAUAUUAGUGGCUGGUGAUGUAUGCAGUCAAUGCUAGUACAACGAGUAAUUGGGGGGAAUAUGGGCCGCGUUGAAAAAAAUCUAUUUAAAAUAUUUUGUUGUCUAUGGUUGGUUUAAUCUACGAAAACGAAAAUAUUUUUAUUAGGAAAGGAAAAUCUGAAAUAAAUAUUUAUUAAAAAAAAUAAAUAUAAAUAAGGUUUAGAAUAAAAAUAUUUUCAAAAUGAAAAAACAGCUUAGGUGAAGUGUUUCCAUCUAACAUAAGGUACAAUUACAGGCACUAAUUAACAUUUC